AUGUCCCGACGCCUAGGAAGACCUGCAAAGAAGAGAGACAAUGCGCAAGACGAUUCCCUGGAUCGUGAAAUCUCAGAUCACCCUCGCCAUCAGACCAAUCGAAGAGUUCGGAGCCCGAGGAAGAGGAAGGUAAAGCGAGACUCGGGGCAGAGAAGUGGGCAGGAUAUAAGAAAUCCCCAGGAUGACGAGGAGGUGAUCCUGGACGAGCUCGCCUUCAACGACUCCAUUGUAGAUGAUAUGUCCACCGAGGAUACACGCUUACCAACCCCACCGUUCCUAGAUACAGACAAAUUAUCACUCUAUGAGGGCUCCGAUACCAUAGACCUCUCCGACAACUGGCUACAGGAGUUUAUAUCUGGACAGCCGUCCGACCUGACGCAAGACCGCAAUUUUCUCGAUGCCCUUGGACUUAGUAGCGCUGACAGCGGUCUCACAGCGAUUCCAUCCAGCACAAAAGAUUUCACUGGCUCUGCCAAGACCAUCGAUGUGGCUGCCUCCGAGCUGCAAGACCAGGGGCCAUUGGUUGCGUAUUAUCCACCAACAAGUGGAUUUUCAGCCUAUUGUGAGCCAACGAUAGAAGGUGCGCAGGCCAUGAGUGAUAUAGAGUCCCCUUAUCCGGGGUAUAUCAAAAGGGAUUCGUUAGUUUGGCCACAGACUGCACCACCUUCGAUGGAGAAUGAUUGUGUUAGAUUGUCCGCCACGGGUGAACACCUGAACCCACUGAUUACAACAAAGGGGCAACGACGCACCCACGAGUACAGUCACUCAUUGGAAGGCCCAGGGCUGCCCACGACUAAUGCAACCCGCCAGUAUCAGUGCCAGUGCCAUGAUCACAUUGCCCGAGAUCUGAUGCUGCUCAAUAUAAGUGCUUCUCGGACAUGGCCAACUGUCACAAUAGACUCGAUCUUGAAAUGCCAGCAGAUCUUACAGCAGUUGACCGAUACUAUCCUUGAAUGUGCCAUUUGCUGCAAAACACGGGUAAACUUGCUCAUGAUAGUCGUUGUUAGUAUUGACAGCCUAGUAACCGCGCUUGAAACAAUCACGUCCGUUGACAGUGGAAAUAUUGGCUCUUCCGUCAUCAUGGGGAAGAUUAAGCAUGAUUACAGAGACGAAUCGAAGGGUGCAGUUGGUUAUGACGAAAAUGAAACCGCCGGCGAGACGUUGAACAGAUAUAAUAUCUGGAGCUAA